AUGGUAUUGAAGCGGCUAAGGGAGAAGAAGUUGUAUGUAAAGUAUAGCAAGUGCGAGUUUUGGCUCUCACAAGUGGCCUUCCUAGGUCAGGUGGUUUCAGCUGAAGGGAUCAAGGUUGAUCUAGGGAAGGUAAAGGCUGUUAUGGAGUGGGAAGCACCAAAGAAUGCGGGGGAGAUCCGUAGCUUUUUAGGAUUGGUCGGUUACUAUGGGAAUUUCAUUGAGAACUUCUCACGUAUAUCUGCCCCCAUGACCAAAUUAACCCGAAAGGGGGUGAAAUUUGUUUGGUCUGAUGAUUGUGAGAAGCCAGGAAUUGAAGGGGAAGUUGAGUACUGCACCGGUCUUGACAUUACCAAAUGGCACAGGUGGGAUAACUGUCUAUAG